AGAGAUAUGUCAAUAAUUGCGUGACGUUGUCGGUAUGUGCCACAUGGCAGUUUAAAGUGACGCCCCUAUAUUUUUUUUAAUAUUAUUUUAGCGGUGGAACGGAACUGAACGUUUGUUUCGGUGGAUACUAAUUUCGUUCCGUUUUCGAAGUGCUCCGUUCCUUUCUGUUCUAUCAGAGGAAUAGACAAUUCGAGUGCAAUUUAGUAGUACGCUGGGUGGGGAAAACUAGCAACGGCGGCGGCCUCUUCUUCAGAGCGCCAUCUUGAAAAAGCGCAGUCUCUUGUCUGUGACCGUGUAUUGGGUGUUUCGUGUAGCUGAGCUGUCAGUUGGAGAAGAGCAAGAACAAUUUCUGGCAGUUUUUUUCACCGCACAAAACACUAACUGCAGGUUGCCAUCAAAGUGCUCAAGUUCGACCUAAAGGCAACAAAAUGUCGCAGCAGCAAUUGCUACCUAUACGGUUCCAGGAACACCUACAGCUAACAAAUGUGGGGAUUCAAGUGGCCAACAUCUCCUUCACAUGCCUCACGAUGGAGAGCGACAAAUUCAUCUGCGUGCGCGAGAAGGUCGGCGAGACGUCGCAGGUGGUCAUCAUCGACAUGGCCGAUCCCCAGAACCUCAUCCGCAGACCAAUCACCGCGGAGAGCGCUAUCAUGAAUCCGGCGUCGAAAGUGAUCGCCCUCAAAGGCAAAGCUGGCGUCGAAACACAUAAGACCCUUCAGAUCUUCAAUAUCGAAAUGAAGUCGAAGAUGAAGGCACAUCUGAUGGCCGAAGACGUUAUCUUUUGGAAGUGGAUCUCUCUGAAUACCUUGGCUCUCGUCACAGAGACGGCCGUCUAUCAUUGGUCGAUGGAAGGUGAUUCGACUCCGGUCAAAAUGUUCGAUAGACAUUCUUCGUUGAACGGUUGCCAAAUCAUCAACUAUCGUACAGACCCUAAGCAAAAUUGGUUGCUUUUGGUCGGUAUCAGCGCCCAACAAAGUCGAGUUGCCGGCGCCAUGCAAUUGUAUUCAGUGGAAAGGAAAUGCUCUCAACCAAUCGAAGGUCAUGCUGCUUCUUUUGCUACCUUCAAGAUGGAGGGCAAUCCAGAACCAUCGACCCUGUUUUGCUUCGCAGUCAGGACGGCGCAAGCCGGAAAGCUUCACAUCAUUGAAGUUGGACAAUGUCCAACAGGCAACCAACCAUUCGCAAAGAAAUCCGUCGAUGUUUUCUUCCCACCAGAAGCUCAAAAUGAUUUCCCUGUAGCGAUGCAGGUCUCCAGCAAAUAUGAUGUAAUCUAUCUGAUUACCAAAUAUGGAUACAUCCAUCUGUACGAUAUCGAAACUGCGACUUGUAUUUAUAUGAAUCGGAUCUCGGGCGAUACGAUUUUCGUUACAGCUCCACAUGAAGCUACUGGCGGAAUAAUUGGUGUUAACAGAAGAGGACAAGUAUUGUCGGUUUCCGUCGACGAAGAUAAUAUCAUUCGUUAUGUAAAUACUGUGCUGCAUAAUCAAGAUUUGGCGUUGAGACUCGCUAUCCGCAAUAACCUGUGCGGUGCUGAGGAGCUUUUUAUCAGUAAAUUCCAGAUGCUUUUCCAAAAUGCGCAAUACGCAGAAGCUGCCAAAGUGGCGGCAAAUGCUCCUAAGGGUAUUUUGCGUACCCCUGCUACAAUUCAAAUGUUCCAACAAGUACCGACGCCAGCCGGUCAGAACAGUCCACUUCUCCAAUAUUUUGGGAUCUUGCUGGACCAAGGAAAAUUGAACAAAUACGAAUCCUUGGAAUUGUGCAAGCCAGUCUUGCUGCAAGGCAGAAAACAUUUAUUGGAGAAAUGGUUAAGGGAAGAGAAGCUUGAAUGUUCCGAAGAAUUGGGCGAUCUUGUGAAGCAAGGAGAACCAUCUUUUGCUUUGGCAGUUUAUCUUAGAGCCAAUGUUCCCGCCAAAGUUAUUCAAAGUUUCGCGGAAACUGGACAGUUUCAGAAAAUUGUCAUCUACGCGAAGAAAGUCUCCUACACACCGGAUUACGUUUGUUUGCUGCGCACAGUAAUGCGUACAAAUCCAGAACAAGGUGCUGCUUUCGCGGCAAUGCUGGUUGCUGAUGAAGAACCGCUCGCCGAUAUCAACCAAAUCGUUGACAUUUUCAUGGAACAAAAUAUGGUGCAACAGUGCACUGCUUUCCUUCUCGAUGCAUUGAAAAACAACAGGCCUACCGAAGGUCACUUGCAAACUAGACUUUUGGAAAUGAAUUUGAUGUCUGCGCCGCAAGUUGCUGAUGCUAUUUUAGGUAACAAUAUGUUUACUCAUUACGAUAGGGCCCAUGUGGCGCAACUCUGUGAGAAAGCUGGCCUCUUGCAAAGGGCUCUAGAACAUUACACCGAUUUAUACGACAUCAAAAGAGCCGUUGUGCAUACGCAUCUGCUGCCUGCUGAUUGGUUGGUCGGUUUCUUCGGUACUUUGAGUGUUGAAGACUCGUUGGAAUGUUUGAAGGCAAUGCUUGCCGCGAACAUUCGUCAAAAUUUGCAAAUAUGCGUUCAAAUUGCUACUAAAUACCACGAACAAUUGACCACUAAAGCAUUGAUCGAUCUUUUCGAAAGCUUCAAGAGCUAUGAAGGGCUAUUCUAUUUCCUUGGAUCCAUUGUUAACUUCAGCCAAGAUCAAGAAGUGCACUUCAAAUACAUCCAGGCGGCUUGUAAGACUGGCCAGAUUAAAGAAGUGGAGAGGAUUUGCAGAGAAAGUAACUGCUAUAAUGCUGAGCGAGUUAAAAACUUCUUGAAGGAAGCCAAGUUGACUGAUCAAUUGCCGUUGAUCAUCGUAUGCGAUCGUUUCGAUUUUGUCCAUGAUUUGGUUUUGUACUUGUACAGAAAUUCUUUGCAAAAGUACAUCGAGAUUUAUGUUCAAAAAGUAAACCCUAGCAGGCUUCCAGUGGUCGUCGGCGGUUUGCUGGAUGUUGAUUGCGCAGAGGAUAUAAUUAAGAAUUUGAUUCUGGUUGUUCGUGGACAGUUCAGCACCGAUGAACUCGUCGAAGAGGUCGAGAAGAGAAACCGCCUUAAGCUAUUGUUGCCAUGGUUGGAGAGCAGAUUCCACGAGGGUUGUGUUGAACCAGCCACCCAUAACGCACUUGCUAAAAUUUACAUCGAUUCUAAUAACAACGCCGAGAGAUUCUUGAAGGAAAACCAAUGGUACGAUUCCAGAGUCGUUGGUAGAUACUGCGAGAAACGCGAUCCACACUUGGCGUGCGUAGCGUACGAGCGCGGACAAUGCGAUCGCGAAUUGAUCGCAGUCUGCAACGAGAACUCUCUGUUCAAAUCCGAAGCUCGCUACUUGGUGAGACGUAGAGAUCCGGAACUGUGGGCCGAAGUUUUGAUCGAAAGCAAUCCCUACCGAAGACAGCUAAUCGACCAAGUAGUGCAAACUGCUUUAAGCGAAACCCAAGAUCCAGAAGAUAUUUCUGUUACCGUCAAGGCUUUUAUGACUGCCGAUUUGCCCAAUGAGUUAAUAGAGUUGUUGGAGAAAAUCGUUUUGGAUAACUCAGUAUUCUCAGAUCACAGGAACUUGCAAAACUUGUUGAUCUUAACUGCAAUUAAGGCGGAUGCCACAAGAGUCAUGGAUUACAUCAAUAGGUUGGACAAUUACGAUGCUCCGGAUAUAGCCAAUAUCGCCAUCAACAAUCAUUUGUACGAGGAAGCUUUUGCUAUUUUCAAGAAAUUUGAUGUAAACACAUCUGCAAUUCAAGUUUUGAUCGAACAAGUCAAGAAUUUGGAUCGCGCCUACGAAUUUGCAGAACGCUGCAAUGAACCAGCUGUUUGGAGUCAGUUGGCUAAAGCCCAAUUAAACCAGGGUUUGGUGAAAGAAGCCAUCGACUCUUAUAUCAAAGCGGAUGAUCCUAGCGCAUACAUGGCUGUUGUAGAAACAGCUUCAAAGAAUAAUAGCUGGGAAGAUUUAGUCAGAUAUUUACAAAUGGCUCGUAAGAAAGCACGUGAAAGUUAUAUUGAAUCCGAACUUAUUUAUUCGUACGCUAAAACUGGCCGUUUAGCUGAUUUGGAAGAGUUCAUCAGCGGACCUAAUCAUGCUGACAUUCAGAAGAUUGGUGAUCGUUGUUUCGAUGAUAAGAUGUACGAUGCCGCAAAGCUUCUGUACAACAAUGUUUCUAACUUUGCUCGCCUCUCUAUAACAUUGGUUCAUCUCAAAGAAUUCCAGGGCGCAGUUGAUGGAGCUCGUAAAGCUAAUAGCACACGCACGUGGAAAGAAGUUUGCUUCGCGUGUGUUGAUGCCGAAGAAUUCCGUUUGGCUCAGAUGUGCGGUCUCCACAUCGUUGUUCACGCUGAUGAGCUUCAGGAUUUGAUCAAUUACUAUCAAGAUCGUGGCUACUUCGAAGAGUUGAUAUUGCUUUUGGAGGCUGCUCUGGGCUUGGAAAGAGCCCAUAUGGGUAUGUUCACUGAACUUGCCAUUCUAUACAGCAAAUAUAAGCCGGCGAAAAUGCGUGAACAUCUGGAGCUCUUCUGGUCUCGAGUAAACAUUCCGAAGGUUCUUAGGGCCGCCGAACAAGCUCAUCUUUGGGCAGAACUCGUUUUCUUGUACGACAAGUAUGAAGAGUACGACAACGCCGUUCUGGCAAUGAUGGCGCAUCCCACGGAAGCCUGGCGCGAGGGACAUUUCAAAGAUAUAAUUACAAAAGUGGCCAACAUUGAAUUGUAUUACAAGGCUAUCCAAUUCUAUCUCGAUUACAAACCGCUACUUCUCAAUGAUAUGCUUUUGGUAUUGGCUCCACGCAUGGAUCAUACAAGAGCUGUAAGCUUCUUCACCAAAACCAAUCAUCUGCAAUUGGUAAAGAGCUAUUUGCGCAGCGUCCAGAGCUUGAACAACAAGGCCAUUAAUGAAGCACUGAACAACCUCCUCAUUGAAGAGGAAGAUUUCCAGGGAUUGAGAACAUCAAUUGACGCUUUCGAUAACUUCGACAAUAUCGGUUUAGCACAAAGCCUGGAGAAACACGAGUUGACUGAAUUCAGACGUAUCGCCGCGUACUUAUACAAAGGCAACAACAGGUGGAAGCAGAGCGUGGAAUUAUGUAAGAAGGAUAAGCUGUUCCGUGACGCCAUGGAAUACACCGCCGAAUCUCGUCAAGGCGAGUUGGCCGAAGAAUUGCUGGCAUGGUUCUUGGAACGUAAAGCAUACGAUUGCUUCUCCGCUUGCCUUUAUCAAUGUUAUGACUUGCUGCGACCUGAUGUAAUAUUGGAAUUGGCGUGGAGGCAUAAGAUCAUGGACUUUGCGAUGCCCUAUCUAAUCCAAGUCACGAGGGAACUGAGCUCCAAGGUAGAGAAGCUGGAGCAGUCGGACGCGCAAAGACAGAGCGAGGCCGAACAGCACGAAACUAACAAACCGAUGAUGAUGGGAGAGCCGCAACUCAUGCUGACAGCAGGACCUGCCAUGGGUAUACCGCAACAAUAUGCCCCGCCGACGGGUAAUUACAUGCCUCCUCCAACUGGAGCCUACAACCACCAAAUGCCGCCUUACCAAGGCUACGGAAUGUAAAGCGUGCAACAUGAAAGUCAGUGCAGCCACAUACGAUUCGUAUAAUGUAUACAAUUCUUUCUUUCAACUUUUAAAUUUUUAAAUGAAUUUCUUUGUCUCUCGGCAAGCAAUGCAACAAUUGUGCGUGGAGGCAAAACUGAGACAAUAGAAGUUUUCUUUUUUAUGUUUUGUUUUGAGAUUACCACUAUAAUUAUUAUUAAUUAUACAAAAUAUUAAUUAUAUAAACAUUAUAUACAUAAUUAUAUCCACAAUAAUCAAGUAUAAGGUUUCUGUAGGCUCUGCUGUUGCGCUGUCGCUACUGUUUUCUGGUGCAUUCAUUUUAAGGCGGAAUAAAGACGAAAGAUAAAAGGAAACAUAAUACCUCCUAACACGAAAGCAGGAGGAAAUUAAAUUGCUUUAGUUGUUCGGUAAUAAUUGAGAAUUAACGCAGUGCGAAGGACGUUUAAAAAAAACAGUAAUAGCAUUUUGUUUAGUUGGUUUGGGACGUCAGACGUUUGACCAAAAGUAAUUGCCCCAAGAUAUAUAAAUAUGCGUGUAUGAGUAAUCCAUUUGCGUCCAUUUUGUUUAAUUAAUAUUGUUUUAAAUAAUAUUUUAGAUUCUCCUUUUUUUCUACCUUUGACUUAUACUAUAUUUAUAUAGAAUACAUACUAGAAGAGUAUUUUGCCAAAAUAUUUUUUCACACAGAUUUACUUUCUUCUUGAACGAAGAAAUGCUUACUAAUGUUACUAUUUAUUUUAAGCGGAAAUCAUUAUUGUUUGUUUUUUUCUCUAUUGGGUGUUUGAGAUUCAUUCCAUUUUAAAAAAAUAUCUAUUUUAAUAUAUCGUUUUCUGCAAAUCGGAA